AGUAUCUUUUCAUGAAAGCACGCGGUAACAUAAUACUCUUAGUAAAAUGGGUAUCACAAGCAGUUGAUCGUUCUUUAAAUAACUACUCCCAAAGUCAACUAACAACGAUGUAUUUUAAGGUUGUAUUCGUCUGCUGCUUUGCAUUUUCGUCAGCUAAGGCCGGAUUUUUAAACAUUGGCCCAAAUGUCGGCAAUUUAGGUAAUAACGGACACCCAAAUGGCGAUGCUUCUGGCGGAAGUUUUGGAUUUCAACAGCAAGUCCCACUAACCCUAACCCCUGGACCAAUCCCCCAAUCUUCCGCAGCUCCAGCGCCCCAUGCAGCAGCCGUUAUCUCAACAUCAUUUUCCGCCCCAACUUCACAACAGUCACCUCAAUCGUAUCCCUCGGGGCCAGCCGCAACCAGUUCUUCAUACCGUCAGCAACAUGUUAACUCCGUCCCAGCCACAAUUACAACGCACGGGGUAGCAACAAGUUUUGUAGCAGUUCCUUCACACGGAUUUUUUGGAAAUAAUGCCGGUGGAAAUGCCAACAGCAAUGCUAAUGCAGGAAGUAGCGGUAGCAACAACGGAUUAAACAACAACGGUUUAAACAACGGCGGAUCGUCUGCUGGUAGUUAUGGUUACGGUGGAUACGGUUACUCGUUUUCUUCUGCUGGCGGUAACGCAGGUGGAAACUCUGGUAAUAGCCAAGGAAAUAACGCCGGUGGAUAUUUAUUUGGCUACUCAGGAAAUGGUGCAUCUGGAAACAAUAACGGAUUUUCUGGUUAAACCCUUUGAUAGUCGAUUUGCAAAUUGUAUAUUUUAAGUUUUUGUGUUUAUUAUCGACGAGGUGACAUUACUUGUGGAUAAUGAUCUUAAUUUGCUUUAUGUAUGAUCUGUCUUUAAAUUAAAUUGAAU